AUGACCACAUAUUCUUGUCUGAGUCUUGUUUCACUGUACGAAGGGUAUCUCCGGCGAGGUUUCGCCGGAGCCGGCCUGUCCCGCAAGACAAUUGACAUUGACGUUGAGACCACAAUGGAGUAUUGGGGUCCCACGAAUACGAUCGCUCCAAAGCCGGCAUUGGUUAUGAUCCACGGAUUUGGGCCGGAGACCAUCUGGCAGUGGCAACGGCAGGUGAUGUUUUUCCGGCGGGAAUUUGACUUAUACUUUCCCAAUCUCGUCUUCUUCGGUAACUCCACCACCAACUCACGGCGGCGCUCUGAGAUCUUUCAAGCGGAAUGUGUAGUAAAGUUAAUGGAGAAGUUAGGUGUGCAAAAGUUCUCAAUAAUGGGAACAAGCUACGGUGGUUUCGUGUCAUACAUGAUCGCAUCACAAUGGCCAGAGAAAAUAGAAAAGGUUGUAAUUUCAAGUUCAGGCGUGAACAUGCGCCUCAAAGACAAUAUCAAUGUGAUGAAGAAAGCGAAAGUGGAAAGUAUCGAAGAAAUUCUCUUGCCCACAACAGUGCCCCGGUUGAGGACCAUGCUCUCCCUUGUGUCCGUCGCUAAAAUCCAUGUCCCUAACUUCAUCUUGAAGGAACUCAUAAAUAAACUCUUCUUACAAAAUAGGAAGGAGAAGAUCGAACUAUUGCGGGGCUCGACUAUAGGAAAGGAUGACACGGUAAAUGUAUCUCCUAUUCGUCAGGAGGUGCUCAUAGUGUGGGGGGACAAAGACAACAUAUUUUCUCUAGACUUAGCUCAUGAACUAAAAGAGUUGUUAGGAGAGAAGGCAAGAAUAGAAGUUAUAAAGAACACAUCUCACAUUCCACAGAUUGAAAAUCCCCAGGCUUUCAAUAACAUUGUUUAUCAAUUCUUACAUGCCAUCUGAUUUAUGUUUCAUGUGCUUAUUUAUGCACAAUAAAUUAUUUAAAUAAUGCACCCACUUCCAAGGACCAUAUUAAUAUUUUUGGAUCAUUUUUGUUAUUUCUAAUACUAUUUGUAAUGUUAAAAGAUUAAUACAAACUUAAAAUUAUAGUUUAAAGUUUCAA